UAAGGACUUCUAACCAUAAUAUCUGUGUUUGUUGAUUCUUUUAUUUUGGGAAAGUGAAAUGUAGACCUCUCAAAGUGAAGGACGUCACGUGCGACAGGGUAUACGACGCUAUUUAUAACAGCGAGCGUGAGGGCCUCGUCUGCCUCAUGCAAGGGCAGAAGGACAUGAACACUGACAUGCUCCUGCAGGAAAACAGAACACACACUCUGAGGCCGGAAGAACCGUGUCAGCAGCUGGAGAACAUGUGAGACGUAAUAAUGGAUGAUUUGGAUCACAGCAUUCACAUUGCAGAGAAUGACUGGAGCAGCUUCUGUGAUGAGAGCGAGGAGUGCGAUCUGCCGCAGGCUUCACUGGCCUACCCUGAUGACUGCAGCCUCAGCGAUGCCGAGGAUUCAGGAAGUUCCACUUCAGCUGCAGCGCAGCAGCAGACACAAAGGAGCCCUGAUGCAAACAGUGAUGGAAGGGAAAGCAACACUCCAGAGCUGCCUGACACAAGUGGACGUGUGGGUGAUGUUGCAACAAGCGUGAAACAGGUGGAAAUCGGUGGAGGAGAUGCCAUCAGCGCAGAAGGGAUGGACUCCAAGGGGACUACAAAGACCAGAACAGGAGCACAGCAGGCUGACGCCAUCAAUAAUCAGAGUUCAGGAGAGGCAAAGGAGUUCAGUAAAGAUGGAAAUUUGCAAACAAAGAGUGACCAGAACUCCUCAGAGGAAGUUGAUUCAACUCCUUGUAAUCAAGAAUUGCAGAAUCUGAAUGAGGCAGACGCUGCAGAGGCGAAAGCGGAGAAGGAUCGCUGGUUCGUGACGGUGAAUGAAAACCCAUCGAGGCAGCGGGGGCGUUCAAGCUCUUUGAAAAAAAAACGUCAACUAAAAAGUACUAAUGAGGGAAGUCGAGUGCAGGAGGGAUCGACAGGAAAUGAUGCAGACCAGGAGAAAGAAAUGGAGUCAAAUGCAGUGAAGGACACGGAGUCACAACAAAGUAAAAGUUUAGGAAACAAGCAGAAUAAUGAGAUUCUGGAAGAAACCACCAAUGAAUGCACACCAGCAUCCACACGGAUGGAGCACUGUCAUGACUUUGAGGAGCUCUCCAGUCCAGAACCUGAUCAAUCAAGGGAGGUCUAUUCUCUUCAAGACCUUUGCAAGGAAAACCAAAGCUCCUUACGGCUCACAAGUGACAGGCAUAAAAGCACAGACCAAACAAAGGAAGGACACAAUCACUGUUUUGAUAGAAGCUCAUCUGCUGCUCAGGAAACCUCAGAAAGUGCAGGUGAAUCUUCUACAUGCACCAAGAACACAAACUCAGGAACACUCAGUCCGACCCCAGCACCGGUUUCUGUCGCCGACUGCCCUGAAACCUACGCCAGAGCUGAGGGCAACACUCGGCCCGUGUACGCCAUCUCCGCGUUUUGGGACGACAUGGAAAAACUGACCAUAAACGAUAUUUUACACCUGAGGAUGGGAACAAGCAGGUCACCCAGACACGACGAGCUGACGGACGCAGGUGACACCGCAGACUCUGACUACUUCACGCAGUCGGAGGAAUCCAAACCCGAGCAGUCAGGCUGCGAGUUCUCCACCUCCGACUUUGAGGAGGAGUAUUGGCAGUUUGUUGGUGCGAGCGGGAACGCAAGUCCUGAUCCAGACAGCAAAACACAGCCCAGUUGUUCUUGUUCUGAUGACGAUACGAUCUCUGAAGGGGGAGCUACUCCCGUUCCUCUAGAGGAGCCAGCAGGACAACUUUUUGACUCUCAGAAGACUUUAUUCAUGGGGCCACAACCAAUGAAAAGAAGCAAAUCUUUGUUCAACAUGGACGGCCUUGAAUACGAGGCCUCGUCUUUGUUGUCCUUACUGGAUGGUGACAGUUUACCUCGCUGUGUGUUUCAGAAUUUAGAGGACAACAAUGAUUUAACUCUGAAAAGACCCGUUUGUUCCUCUCUGUUCUGCAUGGACGUACCGGCGACCCACCAACACGCGUCUUUCUCCGACAAGUUUCAGUACUUUUUCACAGAGACUGAGGUGAACGUGGCGUGUGUCCAGCUCUGUGACCCAGAGGACGUAUCAGUGACUCCUAUCUUCACCUGCAGUGCAUUUAUGGAGCACUUACCCCAAACUUCUGUCCAGGGUUUUAGGGAAAACCCCAUCCCUAUUUUCUCCUUUUCUCAUCCGACAGUCAGACACCUCACAUUCCCAGAACAUCACUACGCUACCAUGAACUCAGACUGUGAGGAGCUGGAUAAAAUCAGCAUAGCUCCGUUUUCUUUCCUCCAAUCUGCCGGUCCUCAUGGAGGCUCAGGAGCAGCAGCCAGCGGUGGAUCUUGCUGUUGGAAGAGUUUGCAGUCACUGCGAAGGAUCAGCUUCCUGGACAAGGGCAGCAUCUGGUGCGGAAGAUCUGGAGUCUGGACGUUUCCAUUUGAGACGGAGAACACAGCAGCAGCACCUGGAGAGGGAAGAGCCUUCCUGGUUUCUCCUGAGGUGUUCAGGAGAGUGGAGGAGCCGCAGAAGGUCAUGCAAUGGACAACAAAGCAAUAUGGGAUCUUCUCCACGGUAAAGCAGUCAGACAUGUGUUUGGUCUGCAUUGCUUUUGCCUCCUGGGUCCUAAAAUCCUCUGAUCCAGAUGCUGCUGAUGCCUGGAAAGCAGCUCUUUUAGCGAAUGUGAGCGCCCUGUCAGCGAUCCAGUACCUGCGGCAGUACGUGAAGAAGAAGGGUCCUCUUUAGGGUCGACUCUGACAGACCCAUCAAUCUCCAAACCGUUUCCCUCGGGUCCAUCCAGAUGCUUCUCUGCUCUGAGCCUGAACUGCUGCUGCAUUCUUGGGUUUUUCUGGACCAGGACUUCAAUAUAAUCCAACAAGGAAAAGUGUUGGAUAAACAAAUAUGGAGUUUUGUGCCAUUUGUUCUGUUAUUUUACACUGUUGGACAUUAUUUUAAACACAUAAGAAAACUUUUGUGUUUUAAGUUAAGGAAAUAUAUCACAUUAAAUGGAAUUAUUUAUUAAUUUUGUACAAAAAAGUUCUUUACAUUGAAUGAUCUGUUUCAGCUGCAACAGCGAAACCAUAACUAGAUAUGAUUGAAAAUGCUGCACUUAAUGCUUUUACUUAACUGUUUUUUUAUUGUUAUUUUUUGAUCAGCAAAUCAGAAAUUUUACUGUAAAGCGAACAGAUUUGACCUUUCUUACUGCAAACUUGAACAAAUCAUAAUUUCUCAAGUGUUGGAGGUAGUUUCUGGAAGCUGUUGAAUAACCUCCGUUAUCCAGUAUUAAUAUUAGUAUUACAAUUAUGAAUUUAUUAUUAUUAUUAAUGGUUGAACCAUGACAUGACUGACCUUGAAUUUGACUAAUGUACAAAACAGUCAUCUCCAAUGAGAAAAAGGAUGUUGAGAUGAACUGUACAAGUUUAAUCUGUAGAUUUGUUUUUUCAUCAUGAAAUAAAUGUAAAUAAAAUAAUAUUUUUGGAAUAUUAAUCUUUUUCUUCCCCCUAAAGUAGUUUAGUCAUCCUACACAAAACACAAAUUUAAUUAAAAUAAUUUUGAAAACAUUUUAUCUUUUUAGAUGUAAAUUUGAUAAGACUGUAAGACUCAAUCUGAUGAAAAUGUGCUUUUUUGCUGUUUUUAACUGGCAUUUUUCUCAUGACAGAGGACAUACAAAAAGAAAAUUCAGAUUAAAAUAGCAUUUCUGAGUACUUCUUUAUUCAAAUAUAUAAAAUCAAUAAAACGUAAAGUUUCUAGAUGUAUUGGUAUUCUGUUUAAAAUCAGGGAUGUAUUAAACAACAAGUUUGUAUCUUGUUUACUGUUCAUUAGUUGUUCCAUA